AUCUUUUGUAUCAAAUCCACCGCAGUCUUGGUGGCGUUAAAUUAAAUUGGCAUAUUGCAUGGAAGAGCCUCCGUCUGCGCCGCCUCGCAGCAACUUGCUGGCACCCCUGGUGCUGCCUGUGGUUGUGCCCAGGCCCGAGGCGCCACAAGGUCGGCUGGAUGUCGAAGGUGACCAGGUGGUGUAUAUCCUACCCAAAAUGGUAUCUCCUUGGAAGUUCCGGAACGAAGUGAUGUCGGAAGCAGUCAUUUGCGACGAAUACGAGCGCAUGGCAGCGUUCAUCGAAGCGUACCAGGCCCGUGAAGAGGCCUCGGCACGCCACCGACCGCUUCAAAAAUCGGCUCCCCUUGGGAGUCCGACGUUUCGACAGGUGCUCCUGCCGCCGCUCCCCGACCCAACGUCCCUCGACCCCCAGCUUCGUGUGCAAGUCCACCGCCACCCGCUGCCCCGCUUCAUUCCCGGCACGAUCGAGCAAAAGGAGGCUUUUUGGGAUGUCAUGGACGCCUACCACCGCCACCGCGCGGCCAAAUUGGCUCGCGACCGCAAGCUUGGUGUAUGCGUGUACGACUUUAAUCAGGUCGCCGCGGGUCGACCCGAGGUACUGGAGACUCGACAUGCUGAAUGGGUGCGCCGACGCAUUGUCUUAGACGACGAAUGUGCGGAAAACCGGCGGCUGCGUCAAGACGAAGCUGACUUGCACGUUCAGGAAACGACCACCGCGGCCCGCAUCGACAGGCGGCAUCGGCAGCACGCAGACGCCGUCCACCGUGCCGACGUUCGACGUGUACUUCCCAUGGUUCUGGCGGCCGCAGCGGGCCAAUGGUUCCGGCACACGAUGUGGGAGACGUGGCAAUCCCACCGCUGCCAACGAAUCGUCCGCCAAUGUGCGAUGCGGUGGCGUCACCACACGCUCGUCCACAUCGAGUGCACCCGCCAUGCCACUCUGUUGUGCCACUGGCUGCACGAAAGUGUCAAGGUCAAGUCAUUGGCGCACAAGGUCUUUUACGCGCUUCGGGUGUACCUCCGGCGUGUCACACUGAUUCAAUCGUUCUGGCGGCAAAAGAUCGCCAUUCGAACUGUACAGGUCAAGCGGCUAGACGCACAGUGGACGACGUUUGUCAACACCCCCGAUGCCACCCACGACCCAGCCAAGCGCCAGCGCAGGGCAGGGCCUCUCAAGUUUCCCUUCCCAGAGAUUGACCCAGUGAUUCGCCGCCAAGUGCUGUACGAGGCGUGGAUCGACCACGAACGGCAACAUCGCGAGCAGUUUCGAGCGCUAGAGGCGGACCUGCUGCCGCACUUGAUUCAGUCCCUGCAAGGCCUCCAUCCCAACAAAUCGCGAUCGGAGGUGCGCGCCAUCGCAGCCCGGCAUUUCGCGCUUGGGUCUGUCCACUCGACGCUCCAGGGCAUCCCAGGGGCACUGGCGCCCCCCACCCCCCCCUCCCAUCAUGCCACUGCUUGCAACGAGUUGUUUGCGAUGCUGCCUCUCGUGACGAAAGCGUAUCAAGUGCAAAACCCAAGCUACUUUCAAAUGGCAGCGACCGCUGAAGCCGUCGUUAUACAAGCAAACGAACCUCCCGACAUGAAACAGAAGGGUCAGCCGAGCAGUCGCACUCGCGUCAAGAAAGGAUCGUGAGAUCGUAGCGAGGUGUGCAGUUAGUAGUUGAUGUGUUAAUCUGACGUAGCAGCAGGAACGAUGGUUACUACAUGUUGUUGGCGUUGACGUUGCCCAGCUGCUCGACGGUCUGGAUGUCGCUCUCGCCUUCAUGGGAGGUCGUGAUCUCCUCCACGGCGCCGAUCACAACGUUCUGGUAGCUCUCGAACGGGUCGACCUUUUCGCUCAAGAACGCUUCGAGGAUGUGCAUGAGGAAGAAGCCCACGAUGUUGGACCACGCGGCGCCCACGUCUGGGGACGCGUACUCGCCGAGCCAGUACAUCAUGACCUCGAUCAACGUGCUCGUGUACUGGGCAAAGUGGUGGGGUCGGAGGCUAGUAAACGUGCGGUGGCGGUGGCCCAAAAAGUGGCAGCGGUUGAUCACGCGUCGUUGGUCGUCGCUGCUGCUCUUGAGCAUGAACGUGACGGCUUUGAUGAUCACUUCGCUUCGUUUCGCAAUGUCCGGGAACACGUCUUCUAGGGUAAAGUCGCGCUGGAAGAGACGGAAGAAGAACUCGUCGUAGAAGAGCACGAUGCCCGACUUGCCGUAUUGCCGCAUGCGGUCCGUGUUGGCCGUCACGAUGAGCUUCCAUGUCUUGGUGCAGUCGGUCAAGUACGCGACGUUCAAGAUCGGUCGGAUCGGAAGGUUCGGAGGUAGGUAAUGCUGGACGCAGUCGGAUGCGGCCAGGCCGUACGUAAACUCGCGGUAGAGCACCUCCUCCACGACAAUCUUCUUCUCCUUCGAUGGCUUCCCACCCAUAAUGGACAGCCGCGUGUGUAUGUGUCGAAGUCUCGAUGUGUCGUUUCGCAAA